AUGGACAGGUGGUCAGACAGAGAGUUGCAACGGAAAAUUGGCUUGAAGGUUCUUGAACUGGGUGGAAACUCAGUAAUAGGUUAUCGGCAAUGCUUUGACCUCGAAGGAGAAUCAGGAAUUGUCGUUCGUGCUAUUGGGACAGCUGUCACAUUAUCGAAAUCCUUAGUGCUAUCUACAUCUCCCAUGGGGCUUUCACCUUUCAAAGAGAAAUUUGAUUUAAUCCGCCGCCAAUUCAGCUCUCCUCUUCCCGAAGAUAUCAUCACUCCCUCCUCCCCGACCAUUAACCAGUCUGGUGGCCUCAAAUCGUCCACGUCACCUGCUAAAUGCUCCAGUACAGCUAUCCGACGCCGGUCUUCAGACUCAGACUUGAGUACCACUCCAAAAGAAGUUUCUCCAGGCCCGCCUCCUCCAGGGGGUAGUCUGACAGGAAGCAGUGGGAGUGGGAGUGGAACUGGAGUCCUGAGUGGAAUUUCUGGGAGAGCGGCAGGAAACAAACCAGGGAUGCCGCAAACACAGCCAACCAUUGACAUGUUGGAGUAUCCAUUUUUCACCAUGAAAACCUUUCCUCCUGCAUUCAUUGUUCACUUAGGAGGUGUUGUGUCAGCAAAAUCUGUUAAAUUGCUGGAUAAAAUUCAUAAUCCUGAUGAACCUGAGACGAGAGAUGCUUGGUGGAUUGAAAUCCGUACUGAGAUCCGUUCUCAUUGUCGUUCAAUGGGAUGUCAUGCUGUGAUAGGUUACAGUGAAAUGUCUUCCAUAUGUGAUGAAGUAAUUAUUCUGUCAGCUAUUGGCACAGCUGCUGUCAUCAGCAGCAACAUGGAUGUACUGCUGCCUGUUGUCGCACAGAAAGAAACUGCUCCACUCUAUCAGUCCACUGAUAAGGUACCAGUGGAGAAGGAGAAGCUUUAUGUUGACGUGAACUUGGCAAAUCAAAUGUCACAGAAUAGUAUUGAAGAGGGUUACACACCUGCAAACUGUGUACUUUGUCACAUUCCCUACAAAACUGCCUCUAUGCCAUUUAAGGUAACACUGGAUACCUGCACUGUAUGUCAUAAACAUCCAGUUCCAGAUGUGCUUUUUACUACAAUCAACCCGCCUGAAGAAAUACAGACAAUAGGAAAAGGAACUCUUAUACAAGCUCGGAUAUAUCGUGCGAAAAAGGAAGGCAAAGGAGAAGCUUGUGCUAAAGAAAUUAGUGAUUGUUUACCAUUUAUGGAAUAUGAACUUCAUAAUCAACUUAUAAAUAAAUUAAAGAUGCGUGGUAUGAAUGGUCUUUUUGGACUUGUAGUCCAUAUCACAGUUGGAGAAACAAUGUUAGCUGGAAUAGCUACAGCAACUGCUGCCUAUCUGAAUGCACUACCUGCUCCAUCAGUUCCACGUAUCUCAGGACAGGUGAUGACAGCAAGUGACAAUAAUGAUUUGGAGAAAUUACAGCAACGCUUAACCACUACUGUACAGAACUUAAAAGAGCAAUAUGAAAUAUUUGUGCCUGAAGUUGCCCCAGGCCAGUCUAGUCUUCGUUGCAGUGCUGAUAAUACAGACGACAGUGAUGAAGAUCAGAGUGAUUUAGAACUGUCAUUUGGAAACAAAGAUACAUUUGUGUUAGAGGUUGAUGAUGCAAAAGAUGAAACUGUAUCCUUGAUUUUAGAUGACUUCACAGCUCCAGAAGGAUUUGAAAUAUGCAAUACAGAAGUACUUCCAGGAGUGACCAACAUUGUUUGUAAUCUACAGAUGUUUACACAUGUGUGGCGUGGCAAAUGCCAGAAGGUACCAAUGACUGUAAAAGAUUUCUCUGAUUUAUUUAACCAUUUGAUUAGGAAAAUUUGCUUUAAAUUAAGGAAGAUGGCACCAUGCUGUUUAAGUUGCCUUGAUUUCAAUUUAGAGCUGGCUGAUGAAGACGAAGUGCAGAUAACCUUGACUGGGAUGUGCACAGGACUUGGAGAAGUACAACCUCAAGCAUCUAAAAACUUAGUGUAUAAAACAAACAAUGGUUCUAACCUCCUUUUGAGUGUGCCGUCCAACAGUAGCUGUGAUCAAGACCAUGACUUAAUGUUUCAGAUGGAAGAGGUACAAGAAAGCCCUGUUACAUCAAAGACAUCUCAGCAAGCACAAAAAACUGGCAAAACAGAAAAUGGUCUCAAGUUCCAUACACUUCCUCGGCACCGUCUUGGAGUCGAAUUGAUACCCAUGUCAUAUGUACCAGGUGGAAAGAUAGAUCAUUAUCUUGGAAGUUAUAACUUCUUCUUUAUCAGGGAAAGCACAUCAGUUCGAGAGAUGGGAGGAGCCUGUGGUUUUAUGCAAAGCUUUGUGUCAGAGGUGAAAGCUAUUGUACGAGCCCAUGUUGGAGCUCUAGGUGGUAAUGCCAUGGUUGCCUACAAAAUGAAUGAAUGUAUUCUUCUCAACAAUCCCCAUAAAAACCAGUGCCAGUGUCUUAUCAAUGUCAGUGGCGAUGCUGUCAGUGUGUUAUAUGGCUUGGAGCUGCCUUUCGAAUUAGCCAACGUGGCCAGCGGCACGCUAAGUGUUAGUCGCGGCGACGUAUCUCAAGCUCAACCCAGUGGCAGUGGUAACAACACCCUCUCUACAACCUCAAGACCCGUGUCAGAUUCGCCUGUCAUCUCAUGACACACAGGAAAAUGCUAAGAUUAUAACUAACACACACACACACACAAGAAAAAGGAAAAAAAAAAAAGACUAAGAAAAUUAACAAAAUCAUACGAUGAAAUCACCAGUCUAGCCUUGAUAAGCAUAUAUAUGCGUAUGUAUGUGUAAUGUAUAUAUAUAUAUAUGUAUACACACACAUGCACAUAUAUAUAUAUAUAUAUAUCCAUACAUACAUACCUAACUCAAAGUUGCAUCAUAUUGGAGUCAACAAUUGCAGCUGCAUCUUACAAGCUGCUGUUUUACUUCAUUUUUUUUUUUUGUGAAGAUUUACCUUUUUUUUAACCUGCUUUUUUUUUCUCCUCAUUGUGAAAAUGGAUAAUUAUGUUUCACUAAAUUUUUUUUAUUGAAAUUUCA